AUGGGCUGUUCCAGGGGCAAGGAGGACAUGGUUGGCCAGCCCUGGGCCCGCAGGGCCGGUCCAGCCUUUGGAUAUCAGCAGCCCAUGUAUGAUCAGUGUGAUCAGUAUGCACCAGCCCAUCCUCUUUGUCAAGGUCCCAGCUACAUGCAGCAACCAUAUGGCAAUGGCAUCGGCUACCAGCAACCCCUGCCAGGGUAUGGUGACUAUGCGCAGCCGGCUGUUCUGCCUCAACAAAAUGCCUAUGCAUCCUAUGGAAACGACUAUGACAUGCAGCAACGACAGGAGAAUGGUUCCAGGAUGGCUAUGGCUGCUGCUGGAGGCUUGGCUCUGGGUGCUGGUGCGGUCUUUGCAGCGGAUCAUGCGGGAGACAUCGCUCAUUUCGCGGAAGAGGCCGUGGAGGAUAUGGGCGACUUCGCGCGAGACAUCUUCUGA